GGGAAGCUCUGCGCUGUUGAGGGUUCAGUACCUACACUGCAAUAGUUUCUUCACCAGGACUAUCAAUUCCUUUACAUGUACUGUUGACAGUAGCUAAAAUGUUGAAGUUUCUGAAAUAGAAUCCAGUAUCCAGCAGCAUGAAACGAGAUUGAUCUGAUAGAUGAAGUGUCGUCUAAUCCCAUAAAUACAAGGUUUCUUAGUAAUGGACGACACGUCUUAAAGAAAUACCCUAGUAAAAAAUUAAAUUCAUCCUGGCCAGCAGAAGGUAAAGGUUUUUUUUCUUCUUCUUCAUAUUCUGAGCUCUAAAGAGUCUUGAGUCUUGACCGAGCACCAAUCCAAAACAAUGAAAGAUGAAGCUAAAAAACCUGGUAAAGAUCCUUGAAACCCUCCAGUCUGUUGAGUUUAACAGAAAAUGAAACCAGCAAGCUCUUGUUGAUAUGCCACAUGUCAAAAACCCACAACUUGAUGUUAGAUCCGAAGCCUUCUCAUUCCUUGGUCUUCCCAAAGUGUAUAUAAUACACCCCGCCAAGUUCCUCACUCUACAGAUACUAAACGUCUCUUCUAGUUCAACAAGACCCAAGCUUUGGCCUUUUUGUUUGUUAGCAAUGGAAACUUUAACUGGCUUGUACACUAAGGUCUUCACAAAAAACAAUAACAAAACUUUAUCACCAUCAAGAUCAGCUCAACUGGGUCGAUCUGAUAUUGGCUUUUCUCCAUCUCCAAGUCUAAAGAGAGCACAUUUUGAUCAUUUGGCUUUGUGUCGACGCAGAGAUGCUCCAUUGCUGGUCAUGAAAUCCCAUCCUGCAUCUAAUGCAGAGGUGUUGACUGGCUUCGAGACUGCAGUGUCCGGGAACCAAAAAAUAACACCAGAAAAAACUGUUCACGUGAAGUUCCAGUUGCAGAAGGAGUGCAUGUUCGGUGAGCAAUUUCUCCUGGUUGGGGAAGACCCAAUGAUUGGUAUGUGGGAUCCAUCAAAUGCCAUACCACUCGACUGGUCAGAGGGACACACAUGGAGUGUUGAGCUGGAUGUGCGCAUUGAUUUGACGAUGCAAUACAAGUUUAUUCUUAAAAGAAGCACGGGAGAAAUUCUUUGGCAACCUGGUCCAGACAGAAUAUUCAAGACAUGGGAAAGCAGUAGCAGUGUAGUGAUUGCAGAGGAUUGGGAAAAUGCUGGAGCUCAAAAAAUUAUGGAGGAGCAAAUGAUCAAUACUCCAGAUUUGGAGCCUGUUGGUGCUGGAAAUGUUUCUCUUCAGGGGGGAGAAGUUAUGUCUGAUGUCAACAAGGAUUUAAUGCUUUCAGGGCACAUUGCCUGUGCAGAAGAUAAAUCAAAUGGUAAGUAUGAGGUUGUCAAUGGGAUUGCCUAUCCAGCGGAGGGACAUAUAAUUAAUGCAGACAUAAAACUUGAGUCAGGGGAAUCUUUUGGUAGCAGAAAAGAGGUGUCAGUGCCAGCAGACAAGAAUAACUGUGCAACUCCAACUUGCAAGAACCCAGUAACCAUGGAGGAUGAAGAAACCUUGUUGACUUGUGAACAACGCACUGUUCUUGUACCUGGUUUGAAAUCCUCCACAAGCAGUCUCUAGUGAAGAAGCACUUUCCAAGGAACUAGGCUCCAUCUUUGCUGAAACCUCAAUUGGAAUCUAAGCAACCAAGCCCAGAACGUGCCUGGGGCAACUUUUUGAUGAACCAAAUUGUUAUUAUUAUUAUUAUUAUUUUCAGACUUCUGCUUUGGGAGCAAUAAUCCACGCAUUCUCCCUGUUUCUGCUGAAAUAUGUUCGGGACUUGAUUAUGUAAAUAUAGCUUCUGUUUGAAUUUUAUCUUAUUGAAUAAUGCACUUACUGCCUCUCAUUAAAUA